AUUAUAUUCAAUGGUAACCUGACAUUAAUUUCAAAUUCAAAUGUUUAUAUUAUAUUCAAUAGUAACUUGACAUUAAUUUCAAAUUCAACUGUUUAUAUUAUAUUCAAUAGUAACCUGACAUUAAUUUCAAAUUCAAAUGUUUAUAUUAUAUUCAAUAGUAACCUGACAUUAAUUUCAAAUUCAACUGUUUAUAUUAUAUUCAAUAGUAACCUGGCAUUAAUUUCAAUUUCAACUGUUUAUAUUAUAUUCAAUAGUAACCUGACAUUUAUUUCAAUUUCAACUGUUUAUAUUUUAUUCAAUAGUAACCUGACAUUUAUUUCAAUUUCAACUGUUUAUAUUAUAAUCAAUAGUAACCUGACAUUAAUUUCAAAUGUUUAUAUUUUAUUCAAUAGUAACCUGACAUUAAUUUCAAAUUCAACUGUUUAUAUUAUAUUCAAUGGUAACCUGACAUUAAUUUCAAAUUCAAAUGUUUUGAUUAUAUUCAAUAGUAACCUGACAUUAAUUUCAAAUUCAACUGUUUAUAUUAUAUUCAAUAGUAAC